AUGUCAGCAUCUGGAAGUAUCUUGGCUUUUGGCAGCACUGCCAACGCAGCAGCUGCGCAUGUCGGCACAGUUCGAGUUUUCAAAGCUCUGGAGGUAGUAGAACAGUCAACAAGCGGGAUCCACAGCGACUUUGACUCCAGCGGAAUUUCAUGGUGGCGAAUGGGUAAACCUCUGAUGGGGGAACAGACAGGAGAUGGGUUUGGCACAAAGGCUGUAGCCAUGACAGCCAGUGGCAACCGCUUGGCUGUUGGAGCGCCUGGUUACAACGUUUCCUCCACUGACAAAGAUGGCAACGCUGCCAUGCUUCCAUCGGCUGGUUUCAUUCAAGUCUAUGAUUGGAUUGAUAAUUCCUGGACUGCGGAAGGCCCCAAAAUUCUUGGCCGUUUUGCAGGAGAUCAACUUGGCACUGGUGUGGACUUGUCCUCCGAUGGGAAGAUCCUUGCAGCUGGAGGAGAAUCGCCAGGAGGACAAGUCAAUGUCUACCGCGAAACCACCAACAACAGUGGGGAUAUCUCAUGGGAACAAGUUGGAAGUCCAAUCCUUUCGAGGACUACUGAUGACCUCUUUGGCCAGGAGCUAGCGCUGUCGGCUGAUGGCACAAGGCUUGCUGUUGGGGCUUCCAAGGCUGAAGUUAAGCAAGGACUUGGCUAUGCCAGAGUCUAUGAAUUCGACGGUGCAGACUGGCAGCAAAUGGGUCAAGACCUAGAGGGCGACAGUCACAAUUGCCGGUUUGGUCGCAGAAUAGCCAUGUCCUCGGAUGGUUUAAUUCUGGCUGCGGCUGCCCGCAAUGCUGAUGACAACUCCGGCCAAAAUGAUGUGGGCAAUGUCCAUAUCUACCGCUAUGAUUCUCCCAGCAAUGCUUGGGAACAGAUGGGACAAACGCUCUGGGGAUCCGGAGAAGCUGACAAGUUUGGAAUAUCUGUCGACAUCUCGGAUGAUGGGUCCAGAGUGGUGGUUGGUGCAAACCAGAAAAAGGAUGAUCUUCGGUACGGGUAUGUUCGAAUCUUUGACUUUGAUGACGAGACAAAGGAGUGGACACAAGUAGCCAAAGAUCUGAAGGGACAAGACAUGUCUGGCGCCUCGGAGUUUGACAGAUUAGGAAACGAGGUGGCACUAAACGGAAAUGGAAAUUUGUUGGCGGUGGGAUCUGACGGAGGCAACCGAAACGGAUUUGACUCUGGGCAUGUCCAAGUUUUUGAUUUGGCAGGCCUGGACUAG